UAUCCCGCUUUUAGUUGAGCAAGCACCCGCUUUUAGCCUUCUUGUACGAAGGGGACUUUUGACUUCUUUUCAUUUCCGUAAUUGACAGCGUAACGAGUCAUAAACAAAGCUCGCUGGAUUCUACUACCUAAAACCCAAUUAAGCAAAAUUUAGUUGUAUUUAUUAUGGAUUUUGGAACGAUGGAUCGAGGGCAAAUUACACUAGCAGGAUCAGGGUUCUGUGUGAUGUUAUCUUUACAUUUCACAUUUCAACUCUUGACGCAACACACGUUUUACUGGAAGAAUCCCAAGGAGCAAAAAGCGAUACUUAUAAUUAUCAUGAUGGCCCCUGUUUAUGCUAUUAACUCCUUUGUGGGAUUGUUGGAUAUUCGCGGUGGUAAACCCUUUUUCAUGUUCUUGGAUUCUGUUAAGGAAUGCUAUGAGGCUUUGGCAAUUGCUAAGUUUUUGGCACUGAUGUACAGCUAUCUGAAUAUAUCCAUGAGCAGAAACGUUGUCCCUGAUGAAAUCAAAGGAAGGGAGAUUCGCCAUUCAUUUCCGAUGACCCUUUUCCUGCCUAGCAAGACACAUUUGGAUAUUCGUACAAUCAGAUUUCUAAAGUAUUGGACAUGGCAAUUUGUGAUUAUCCGCCCCAUAUGCUCCAUCUUGAUGAUAACAUUACAAAUUCUUGGGAUCUAUCCUAGUUGGGUCAGCUGGACAUUCACAGUCAUUCUCAACUUAUCAUUUGCUUUGGCUAUGUAUUCCUUAGUCGUCUUCUACCAUGUCUUUGCUAAAGAGUUGAAACCACAUAAGCCACUGGCAAAGUUUCUCUGCGUUAAAGGGAUUGUUUUCUUCAGCUUUUGGCAGGGAAUAGUGCUUGAUAUCCUCGUUGCAAUGGGAAUCAUUCGAUCCCACCAUUUCUGGUUGGACACUGAGCAUGUUGAGGAAGCUAUUCAAAAUGUCUUAGUGUGCCUCGAAAUGGUUAUCUUUUCCGUUUUCCAGCAGUAUGCAUUCAGUGUCUCGCCUUACAGUGGAGAUGUAGAAGCAAGACUGAGACUACAGAAAAAGAAUGAAUGAUAUGGUGUAGAAGACCAGACUUUGAGCUGAGUUUGGGCAUCAUAUGUCGAACAUCUAUGUUUCAGUUUGAUCCGGCUUGGAAUUAGCUCAUAGUCAAGAAAGGACUCAAUCAUCAAAUUGUAAGUCAGCUCCAAAGGCACACCAUUUCCAUUCUGAUUUGUCUCUCUAUCUAAAAGUAGUGUGAAUUUUGUUGUUAACUACUUUACAACCUCAAUGUUUGGGAUAAUAAAUCCGUGUAAACUCUGUGAAAUGUUGCUUCUGAAAGAGACCAUGUGUUAGAAUCAAGAGUACUACCAAAAUCCUAGUCAAAACAAAAAUCAUUUCCACACAAAGUGGGAUAAGUUCAGUACUUGCCAAGAACAAGUUUCAUGAAGUAAUGUUAUUGAGCCCC